AUGGCGCAGCCAGAGCUCAGACUGAAGCAGACAGCGACUACGACGACGCACCCGAAGCCACAGCUCGCCAAAGUCGACCGCGCGCUCAAGGGAGAUUACACUCCGUCGAGAGACGGCGUCGAUGCCAACUUGCUCGUCCUUUUCCAUGGUCUUGGUGACACAGCGAAACCGUUCGCACAUCUGGGCCAGUCUCUCAACCUCCCGCAGACCGCCGUGCUCUCUCUCCAGGCGCCAGAACGGAUCCCUUUGCUCGAGGAGGAGGCGUACCAGUGGUGGGAAAGCUUCGACCCGCUUGGCGAGCUGAUACCGAACCCAAAUCCCUCCAAGACCUUGACCCUCCUACUCGCCCUCCUCGACCACCUGACCGCCCCUUUACCCUCUUCCUCUGCAUCCUCCUCCUCCUCCCCUCAGACCGGCUGCGGCUGGCACCCCUCCCAAAUCCACUUCUUCGGCUUCGCACAAGGUGGCUCAUGCGCCGCCGAGCUCGCCCUACUCUACUCCCGCUCCUCAGAUCCUUCCUCGCACCUCGCUUCGCUCGUCGCUGUCUCAGCACCUCUGCUCAGCCACCCUACUCUCGCCUCCGACAAGCGGUCGAAGACCAAGGUGUGCUUGGUGUACCGGCGAGGAGGGGCGGAAGAGCGGAGUGUGGGCGUUGCGAGCUGGAAGAAGGGCUUUGAGCAUGUCAAAGAGGUCAGGCUGGAAGGCGGGAGAGGGAGGGACGGGACGAUGCCGCGGGGGAUGGACGAGUGGCGGGAGAUCAUGCGAUUUUGGUCCGAAGUCCUGAUUCGCAAGUCGGCACUCGAGCUGAGCGGAGAGGUGUACGAGAUUGCUGGGGGUCAGGCGGCAGCCGAACAGGCGGGGGUUAAGCCAUCUACGCCGAAAUAA